CUUAAAUCAUAUCCGGGUCGUCGUGAUAUGUAAAUAAAACAUAAUACAUGUAGUAGUAUGUCAUUUUGAUCGUUUUCAGAUGAUAAUUUGAUUUGGUAUGAAAUAAACACCGAUGAUGUGAGAAAACCAUUUAUAAAAUUGUUGAAACUGUGAAGAAAAAGCGAUGGGGAAACUUUUUAGCAAAAGUGAUAACAAAAAGCAGUCCCGUGUUACCGAACAGGACAAGGCGGUUUUAGAGUUAAAAAACCAAAGAGAUAAACUGAAACAGUUGCAGAAGAAAAUCAGUUUGCAACUAGAAAAGGACAGAGAAGCUGCCCGGAAGUUCCUCAAGGAUGGAAAGAAAGAAAAAGCAAAGCUUUUGUUACGAAAAAAGAAAUUUGGUGAAACUCAGAUUGAAAAAAUGGAUGGUCAACUAGAAAACAUUGAAAGAAUGGUCCAUGACUUGGAGUUUGUGCAGAUUGAGGCGGAGGUAGUUAAGGGGCUCAAGAAAGGAAAUGAGUCUUUGAAGGCUCUUCAAAAGAUGUUCUCCAUAGAAACAGUAGAGAAAUUAAUGGAGGAAACUCGAGAGGCAGCAGAAUAUCAGCAGGAGAUAGAUGAGCUGUUGUCUGGCAGCCUUACUCAGCAGGAUGAGGAGGAUGUGCUCUCUGAACUGCAGGACAUCAUUAAGGAGUGCCUGCCAGCUGUUGGGGAGGAGGAAGGCACCCUGGAUCUACCUGAGGUGCCUGCAGGAGAGCUUAAAGGGAAAACAAAAGCAAGGAAGGAAAAACAUGAACAAGAAGCAAUGCUGGCAUCCUGAUGACAAAAAAAGAUUUGACCUGUGUCAUGCAAAAAUAAAAUGUAUGCGGUAUAGGCCUGCAUAGUUCCAGACCAGCCUGCGUAUCUGUGCAGGCUGGUUAGGAGCUUCCAUGUCUGCAAAAACACUUAAUUUUUUGUUUGGUCUCGUAAGGAGACAGGGUUGCUCCUGAAAGACUGGAUUGAAGGGCAUAAGACCAAUUUUUGCAUGAUGCGGGUCCAUGAUGAUAAUAUUGUUUGUGCUACCAUUUACUUGAAAACCUUACUAUAUAAUAUAACAUAAAACCAAUUCCAUACAUACAUGCUUCUGUUCUGUGUUAAUGUAUCUAGAAAAUGUUACUUUCAUUAUAGUCUAUUUCAAUGAAAUUUACAAUAUAAUGUUAGUGUGUUUACUCUCAUAAGAAAACAGUUAUAAAUUAAUGGAAAAAAAAAUUGGUAAGAUAAGAAGAAAUCAGAAAAAAAUUAUAGAAGGCAUAAUGUUUUGUAAAUAAUUUUAUAAUUUUCAAUGCAUUUAGGGAUUAUGUUUCAUUUUGAAUAACAGGCCGCAAAUCAAGUUCAGUUACAGUUGUGAAUAUUUGUUGCGGAUAUCUGCCGUUUUAGACAUCUACACUCUGAUACAUGAUAUCAUUCUACUGCUGAACCGGGUCAAUGUUAUUAAAGCUUCUUGGGGAGAAUUCCAGUAAAUUUCUUAAAUGCAUUUAACCAACUUUAUUACAUGUUAAAAUUUCUCGUUAGAGCUUAAUGAAUACCUGCCUGACCCAAAAAUAUUUAUUUUAUUUACUCUUAGGAUAAGGAGCAUGUGUAUUUUUGGAUAAAUAUUUAGAUAUUAUGUGAAUUUAUCUUUAAAAGAUUUGAAAGGAAUCCCUCAAUGGAUAUUGUGGCAUUCAUGUUGUAUUCCUUGUUGAUAUGAUGGGAACUGAGACAUACAAAAGUAGCCUAGAUUUGACAACUGCUUUGAGCUCCUUAUUUUUAUGUCCUCGUUAUAAAAAGGUGGUACAUAUGAAGCAGUCGCACUGUCAGUCUGUACGUGCAAACAUCUGUACUGAGAGUUCUUGGAGGGACAUCUGAAAAUUCCUGUCAUAACUUCCAAAACUUUGCCAUAUAUGGAUGGAUUUUAAAAUAGACUGGCAUCUAAACUGUCAUAAGACAACACAUGAAAUCCGUCUCCCUGCCUUAAAGGUCAAGGGCACACUUAAAGGUCAAAGAAUAAAUUUGGCCCUAAAACAGCUUGAAAAUCAUGUUUUUACUAUAACUUUUAAUGUAACAAAUGUAAAUCAUGACAAUGUGUUGCUUGUAACAUGGGUCUCCUCACCUGAAAGGUUCAUGUCUCAGAUGUCAAAAUUCGAAUUUGGAUAUGAAAUAGCAGAAAAUGUCCUGUCUCAGCAAAAAGUUUGUCAUUUAGAAAUGAUUUUAUAUAUAAAACAACAUAAUAGCAAACCAUCAUAGGCCAUGUGUUAGGGUGUUAACUAAUUUUUUUCCCUACCUCAAAGGUAAAAAUCACUUGUGGAGGUCAAAAGUUAAAUAUAUCUCUAAAAAAAACUUAUACGUAUUCUAACCUUGUCAUUCAUUUUGCAAAUUAAACAUAAAUUUCCACUAAUAGCAGUUAUAAGGAGGUGAAGUAUGAAAUGUAUCGCUUGUCUGCCAACCUGAAAGGUCAAGUUCACACUAAAGGGACAAAAGUCAAAAUGUUAAAUAAAACAUUCAAGCUUGCUUUUGACAGAAGUGGAGUUUUGAGAUAAAAGUGGAAUGUGGUGGUAUCCAUGCCCAAUGCGCACAUAUCUUGUUAUUACAUAUUAUGCAUAAAGUUAAAUCUCAGUUGACAUAUGAUUAAAUUCAUAAUUGUUUAUUUAUAUUGUUACUGUCAUAUAAAACUGACUCCUUUCCUUGAUGUCCGUUCAGCAGAGAAUAUGCUGGAGAGAAACCUCGGUCUUUGAUUUCAAUUAUAGUGUAAGCAUCCAUCUCUAGACAGGGAAAUAGUUUUGCGAGUUGAAUAAACCUUGUCAGCCAAUCACUUGAAAAAUAAGAUGGAACUUUUAUCCACUCCAGCAUCUUUACCUCAAAUUAAAAAAUACAUGUUAGAUAACAUGGAUUGUUCCUGAUGAUGUAAAGUUCUUCAUGUGCAACUUUUAUUAAAAACCGAUUAAGAUCUACGUCUUGCUUCCAACGCUGCCCGAAGCCAAUCUCGUGACAUUCACAUGGAAUAUAUUGUGAUGCAAAAAAUAAAAACAAGCAUUUUGUAUCUCAUUAAAUCUAUGCUUCCAUACCACAUCUGGUCAUUUUGGCUAUUGCUAUAAGGAACACCGAUUUUGUUGGGGUUAAUAACUUUAUUUUUAUAAAAUAUUAAUUGAUUUUGAGUAUUUAUGUGGUUUUAAUAUAUAGUCAUGAACUGCUUUGAAUAUUCAUCAGUCCUUUGACAACUAUUUAUUUUAUCUUGUUAAAUGAUUUGAAUAAUUCCAAACAAAUAUAUACUCAACACGUUAACAGUAAGAAGAUAUUGUUGGGUAACCAUGUUGGAAAUUGAAAGGGGUUGUCUAAUUGUGGAACUGAUUAUGUUUUUUAUUAUUAUACAGCUCUUAUGUAUUUAUAUGCAAUUUUUAAUGUCAAUAAAUCCUUAUUUAAUGCGAAAAUAA